AAGCAUUCGUCACAGGUCCUCCGCGGGGCCACUCACAGCCCCCAUCCACGUCCCCAGACCCAGACUCGCACCUCGAUUGGGUCCAGGAACCUGGUUGACGAAGCGCGCAGUCUCGAACCGCGCGAUUGCUUUACCAGUCUCCAGCGAGGGCUUCUCCUAAAGCGCGGCUUGCCUCGUUGAUCUUCGUCACUGCGACCUCUCGCGUCGCUUCCUUCUGGUUUGUUUGUUUGUGUUGCUGCUGCUGCGAGGGGCGCUCUGGGGUUAGCUCGCUUGUCGGUUUCUUUGCUGUGCGGUUCCGUUCUGUAUCUCCCCCACCCGUCGUGGUUUAGUCGCCGUCCCCGCGGGGUGCUGCCGCCAUGGGGCUUACGUUCACGAAACUGUUCACGAAAUUGUUCUCGAAGCGGGAAAUGCGCAUUCUGAUGGUAGGUCUCGACGCAGCUGGUAAGACCACCAUUUUGUACAAGCUGAAGCUGGGCGAGAUCGUCACCACCAUUCCCACCAUCGGAUUCAAUGUGGAAACCGUAGAAUACAAGAACAUUAGUUUCACCGUUUGGGAUGUCGGAGGUCAGGACAAGAUCCGGCCACUGUGGAGGCAUUACUUCCAGAACACUCAAGGGCUGAUUUUCGUGGUGGACAGUAACGACAGAGAUCGUGUUGUGGAAGCUAGGGAUGAGCUCCAUCGCAUGCUGAAUGAGGACGAGCUGCGUGAUGCUGUCUUGCUGGUUUUUGCCAACAAGCAGGAUCUACCAAACGCCAUGAAUGCCGCCGAGAUUACUGACAAACUCGGACUCCACUCAUUGCGCCAACGCCAUUGGUACAUCCAGAGUACCUGCGCGACGUCUGGAGAAGGAUUAUACGAAGGGCUGGAUUGGUUGUCGAGCAACAUUGCCAAUAAGUCUUGAAUGAUGGUGCCUGUGAAUAUGGCGAGAUGCGAAACUUUGGGGACUCACGUGAUAACCCAUUAACUAAGGCAAAAGAAUGUAGUCCCGUAUUUUAGACUCGACUAGGUGUUGUAAGGUAGAUCUUCUGAUUUUUAAUGAUAACGUCGCUGUGUAUGAGUGCUUUGUUAGGCACGAUAUAUUGGAGGAACGUCUAUGCAAAUAUGCAACCAAGGUCCUUUAUCUAUCACU